AUUUAUGCUUUUUUUUAGAAUGAACGUAUCACCUAUUAAAGAUGUUCUUGUACAUAAACUAACUCUGUACAAUAAACGUCCAGUCUGGUUUCAUGGGUAUUUGCUACCUUACGUAGUAGCAUACGUAUGUGCAGGGAUCUUUUUAACCAAAAAUUAUGACACUGAAAACUACGAGUAUGGUAUUAUUAUUGCUGUAGCCAUAUUUUUGCUUCAAGCACUCACAAUUCUGUCUUGCUUUUGGUCAGUUCACUGGAGGUGUUGGUUAACUUGUUCUGAGGCUUCUUCACCUGGCAUUUCCAGCUUUGCGAAAGUUGUUCCAACACCACACAAUGGUUCAGUGGAAUUAGUUCCAAUUUUUAAAACAGAAAAUGGGAAUGGAGAUCAGAAAAUAUGGUUGGAAUUUCAAAAGGUGAUUUAUGUUUUUGAUCAUGAAGAAAAGAAGAGAUUUGAGGCUGUAUCUUUUCCUGUGGAAGAAAGGUUUCAAUUUUAUCAAAACUGUAAAGGAUUUCAAACGGAACAGGAAUAUGAAGUUGCACAGCAAAUAUAUGGAAAAAAUGAAAUGGCAAUGAUCAUUCCUGAUUUUAAAGAACUCUUUCAAGAAAGAGCUACCGCCCCAUUUUUUGUGUUCCAGGUGUUCUGUGUUGGUCUGUGGUGCUUAGAUGAGUAUUGGUAUUAUUCCCUGUUUACUCUCUUCAUGCUCGUCACAUUUGAAGCUUCAUUGGUUUGGCAACAACUACGAAAUAUGGCAGAAAUACGAAAAAUGGGAAAUAAAGCUUAUCCUAUCAAUGUGUUUCGCUGCAGAAAAUGGCGGCCUAUACCUAGUGAUGAACUUGUGGCUGGGGACAUCAUUUCCCUCACAAGGUCAUCUUCUGUUCCUGGAGAGGAGAAACAUGUUCCUUGUGAUCUUCUCAUCCUGAGAGGACGAAUGAUCGUGGAUGAAGCGAUGCUGACCGGAGAAUCAAUACCUCAAAUGAAAGAAUCAAUAGAAAAUGUAGAUCCUGAAAAAAAUCUUGAUUUAUCGGUUCAUUCACGUGUCCAUGUAGUUAGCGGAGGUACUCGUAUCGUACAACAUGACCCACCCCCACGUACUGGGGCAAAGGAGGGAGCUUCCAGACCACCAGAUAAUGGAUGCGUUGCAUUCGUACUUAGAACUGGCUUCAAUACUUCUCAGGGAAAAUUGCUUCGUACAAUUCUGUUUGGUGUCAAGAGAGUAACUGCAAAUAAUCUAGAAACAUUUGCUUUUAUACUAUUUCUAUUGAUGUUUGCAAUAGCUGCAUCUUCCUAUGUUUGGAUUGUGGGGAGUGCUGAUCCAAACAGAAGUCGUUACAAAUUAAUCUUGAACUGUGUCCUCAUCCUAACAUCAGUAGUUCCCCCUGAGCUUCCAAUAGAACUUUCGCUCGCUGUCAAUUCUUCCCUUCUUGCUCUUUCAAAAUUACACGUAUUCUGCACUGAGCCGUUUCGUAUUCCAUUUGCUGGGAAAAUAGAUAUCUGUUGUUUUGAUAAAACUGGAACACUUACUAGUGAUAAACUAGUGGUAGAAGGAAUUGCAGGUAUUUGUUCUGAAGAACAAUCUUCGCAUGUGGAUAAUUUUAAUGAAUUAUGUGAGGUGACAAAUUCACCUGUUGAUACACAGAAGGUCCUUGCCACAUGCCAUGCUUUAAUGAACAUGGAUGAUGAAUUAGUUGGUGAUCCAUUAGAACAAGCAAUGUUGAAAGCAGUUGACUGCACACUUACUAAAGGAGAUGUGAUUAUUCCCAAAAGGAAGAUUCCUGGAUUCCAACCUCUCAAAGUUGUCCAAAGAUUUCACUUCAGUUCACUUUUAAAGAGAAUGAGUGUUAUUGUCAGCCAAGAAGAAUUUGGUUCCAUUGAUCUUAUUUAUCAUGUCACAAUCAAAGGAGCAGCUGAAACACUUAAACCAAUGUUCUCAGAUAUUCCAUCCAACUAUGAUUUACUUCAUCAAAGUUUAUCUCAACGAGGAGCACGAGUUCUUGCUCUUGGUUUUCGAACUCUUGGAAAAGGAUUCUCGUCACAAGAUAUCCGAGCUUUGAAAAGAGAGGAUGUCGAAAAAAAUUUAACUUUCGUUGGUUUUAUCAUUGUUUCAAGUCCACUGAAGCACGACUCAAAGUCGGUCAUGCGAGAAAUCCGUCAUGCUUCACAUCAUGUUACUAUGAUAACAGGAGACAACCCAUUGACUGCAUGUCAUGUAGGGAAAGUUUUACGAUUCUGCGGAAAAGAGGGUUGUCUUAUACUCACGCAACUUGAAAAUGGACAAUGGGUUUGGAAAUCAAUUGAUUGCCAAGAUGUUUAUGAUUUGGACACCAAAGAUUGGCAAGCUGUGCUUAAAUCUGGUUACAAUCUGUGCAUGACGGGAGACGGUCUGUCCCACUUGCAAAAUCUUGAUCAAAAAUAUCUUGGAAGAAUUCUCCCAAAUGUUCGAAUAUUUGCAAGAGUUAGUCCUAAACAGAAGGAACAGAUAAUUACUUCACUUAAACAACUUGGAUUAAACGUGUUGAUGUGUGGAGAUGGAACGAAUGAUGUUGGUGCACUUAAACACGCACAUGUUGGUGUUGCUUUAUUGAGCAAUGCACCGGGAAAGAAUAUAAAACCACACGAAGAAUCAGAUAAACAUGAAAAUAGAAAAAUAUCAAACGAAAAAGAAACUGAAAAUGAUCGAAAUAAAGGAAAAAAUAAAAUGGACAAACCAAGAGGGGCAAGGAAUCGUAUGCAGCAACAACAACAGAGACAAAGUGAUGUUCCAAGAAGAGCAAAAAAACUGAAAGAAAUGUUGGACGAGAUGGAAAGUGAAUCGCAAGUUGUUAAGAUGGGAGAUGCGAGCAUUGCCGCUCCAUUUUCAUACAAGCUAACAAGCAUAUUAGCAAUAUGCCACAUCAUUAAGCAAGGCAGAUGUACUUUGGUCACAACGUUGCAAAUGUUCAAAAUUCUAGCACUCAAUGCAUUGGUCUUAGCUUACAGCCAAAGUGUGUUAUAUCUUGACGGUGUCAAAUUUUCUGACAGUCAAGCUACAUUGCAGGGGUUACUUCUUGCUGGUUGCUUUCUCUUUGUAUCAAGAAGCAAGCCUCUGAAAGUUCUUUCCAAACAACGUCCGUUACCAAACAUAUUCAACUCAUACACAAUUCUAACAAUUCUCUGCCAAUUUUCCAUCCAUUUCUAUUCUCUCUACUAUCUGGUCUCACAAGCCAAAGCUAGAGACCCAAGGGACAAUGUUGAUAUUGAAGCUGAUUUUGAGGCAAACCUUUUAAACUCUACAGUUUACGUACUGUCUUUAGCUACACAGAUUAUAACUUUCGGAGUCAAUUAUCGGGGCAACCCAUUUAUGGAGAGCUUACUAGAGAACAAAGCUUUACUAUACAGUCUAUCCGGUGCCUUUGCAUUUAUGUUGGUGCUGGUUUCCGAUUUUGUUCCAGACAUAAAUGAUCAAUUCCAAAUCGUACACUUUGAGAAUGAGUUCCGUAUGAUCGUCCUACAAGUUGUGGCAGGUAUAUUGCUUUCUACCUGGUCCAUUGAUCGUACGCUUCGGUAUGUACUUGGCACAGGUAAACUACGAAAGCUGUGGUAAUAUAUAUUCUGCUGGUUCAAAUAUAGAGGGAUGAAGAAAAAGCGGAUUUCUGCUGCCUUGUGACGGUUCUGUCCAGUUGCUAUCGCUAUUCUUUAUAAAAUAGACAAAUUAAUUAAAAAAUAUGUGUUGUGCGGUUCAGAAGUGAAAUAAAUAUUAAAGUUAUAUGCA